GGAUUGUUUCCAUGUUAAUUAUUACCCGUAAAAAUAUUAUUUUCCUUUUCCAUGUGGAGGUUAAUGAGGAAGAUAAAGUUUCCAGUAUCCUUAUAGAGAAAAACACUCACCCGUUGGCCCUAGUUUAAGAAUGCUAACUCCUUUUCUGCAUUCACCAGAAGCUCAUUCAGGACAGGAGCUCGGCCAGGGGGCAGAAACCAGGAGCAAUAUGCAGAACGAUAAGGACGGGAGGAUGAUGACAAAACGCAAGACUAGAAGUUCUUCCAAAUUAAUGGAUGAAUCUCGAGGAAAGAAAGGUAGAACUGAAGAUGGUGUGAUCCAGAUUGAUGGUGAUUUGCAGGCAGAUUGGAAUGACUUAGUUUCGAAAGGCCGUACCAGAUUUUCUUACUUACAAUUCGACAAGAAGGGUGAAACAAAGUUUACACUUCCAACAGUUCUCAAGUACACUAGAGAGGAAGUGAACCUUGCCCACUACAUAUUUGCGAAGGAUCUUCCACAGAAGGAAGUCCUGGUUGAAACCAUGAUGCAAUCCUAUACACGAAAGGUGUUGUGGUCCCUCUGCCCUAAGUCUAAUGUCGAUGAUGAUGUAAUUACAGCCAUGGCUUGCCAAUUGAGCCUGGAGGAAGUUUGGAGGAAUGUUGGAGAUGGAAGAGUAGUCUGUUAUCUGCCUGCUGAACUACAAGAAAUGGUAAUCAACUAUGUCAUGACAUCAAAAAAAGCUCUAGAGUGUUAUGGUGCAAAGUUCUUGGCAAGAGCUCACACGUGCAAAAAGGUGUGUCUGCCCAUGAAAGAUGCAAUGGACGGGAUGCAGUUCACUGUAGUAACUAUGAUCGAAUUUCUUGAUGACUUGUUUGAGGAUCUUUAUCGGCAAGUGGAACCAACGCUUGAUCCACCUGUGCUGGAACAAUUUUCUUUGACAAUUCCUUCAAUUCCCGAACUACGUCACGAGUCUGAUAGUGGCGUUCGGGUGUGCUCAUGGAUGAUGGGUGCAUCUUGGGAUGCUUCUUAUAAUCUAUGGCCAUGCAGAGAUAUAAGGAGAAUGCAACUAGCUUUGUAUCUGGUCCAACACCCUACAAAUUACAUAAGACAUGUCGUCAUCGAGGAAGCAAAUAGUAAUGCAUCGAGAUUUGUUGCCCAGACUCGUAGGUACAAGGAGGAAAGCCAAAAGAGCGUAAUCCAGAACUAGAAGAUUCAUAGGGAGAUGGUGGUUCAUUUCUCCUGUAGUAGUAUAUUCUGGAUAUUUGGUUGAUUAGUUCUCCUGCCAGUACUCUAGUUUUGUUUCCCUUUUCAUUUUCGUUGAGAACCAAAACAAUACCCUUGAAUUGUUUGAAUUGUCUGCUUGUCUCUUUCCCUUUUCAUGUUCGUUGAGAACCAAAACAAUACACUUGUUAUUGGGUU